UUCAGUUGAUCAAACAUUCCCCUCAGUCCUGCGGGCGGGACCGAAACUACAUUUCCUAGAAGCCUUUUCGUUCAGGGAUGCGAGGCUAACGGACAGCGCAGGCCUCGGCCCUGCUCCCACAGGGAAAGAAGCCUGGACUCCACUCGGCUUAAGAUCUAGGGACACCGAGUGACGAGGGCCCUCAGAACAGUGGCAGAGAUGACAAAUAAAUAAGAUGAAGAGGCUGCUCAAAUAGGUGUGUCUGUGUUCAGUUGUUGAGAGUGGGGAUCAUGGAUGACGAUCAGUUAAUUGCAGAAACCCUGGAUCACUUUAUUAAUUGCCGGGAAUCGAAGAAGGAAUUAUCUGAGAACAGUUCUCUUUCAAAAGAUGAUCAAGAGACCAAGGAGCGAACACCUGGCCCAGAUGCUUCAGAAAACAGCGUUGCCUCAGACUUGAAUUCUCAGCCUAAGCCCCUCGAGAAUGAACAGUGUCCUGUGUUUUCUAUGGCCAAGCCUCCAGAGGAAGAGCAGAUAAUGCUUGAUGAAGGCAAGAGAGUUGGCAAUUCCACUGAAGGUGACCUAGAUCGGGCAGGAAAGGUAAAGGUAGACAAUUUCCUAGAUUUAGAAGAUUUUGACAUGGAUGAAGAAAUUGAUCCCAAGUCGGUUCCAGAGCUGCUACUGCUUCCAGGAGAGGUAGAAGAGGAAUACCAUUACUCUACCUCUGGCUACAUUCCUUCUUUUGACCAAUAUUAUCAAUCUGAAUCAAAGACUCGUCCACCAACAGAACACCUGGUGUUUGGACAUUUCAAGGAGGUAUCUGGGGAUGAAGUUCAGCCAUUCUCACUUGAUGAAGACUUUGACUACGACAACGUGAUCCUAACCCCCAAGUACUCUAGUGCAGAGAUGAAAACAUUUGAAGAAAUGUCCAACCAAAGUAAACCGAGCCCUGACCCGCAGGCCAAAGAAUCAAAUAACUGAUUUGUAACGAUAUUUGUUUGUUUGUUUUUUCUCUUGUUCUUAUCAAGCAAUUUUAGAAUAAAAGGCAAACCAGCUGUUACACGUUAGGAGCAUA